AUGUUGAAGAACUUAUUCGAACAGUUCAAACGAAUCCAUGAUGAGAUCAUUGAAUCGGAGGAUCUUGAUCUGAAUCAUGCUUAUUUCAGAUCGAAGUUGUUUGACCUGACCGAGGAGGCUUAUUAUAGUCAGAUUGGAGAGUAUCGUGAUUUUUUAAGUCGUAUAGCCCCGAUCGACGAUCCUCGGCCAUCACUGGCUCCUAUAAAUCCAAGUAUAAAUCCGAAUUAUCUUAGUCUGCCCCGACUAGACCUUCCGGAUUUCGACGGUUCAUGCGCCAAUUGGGAGUCUUUCCGCGACCUGUUUAAAGCUUUAGUUCACAACAGGGAGGAGUAUCCUCCUGUAGUUAAAUUCCAACACUUACGCACCCAUGUCAAAGGAGAUGCGCUUGAUCUGAUUAAAAAUAUCAGUAUAGUUGAAGGUAACUAUGUCAGGGCUUGGAAUACUCUUCUUGAGCAUUACAACAGUAAUAAGCGCUUAGUAAAUAGUUAUACUAGUCAGCUGUUGUCUAUAGUACCUAUAAAGUUGGAAUCAUUUACAGAAGUAAAACGCUUUAAUAUAGAGGUCUUUGGGGCGGUUGAUGCUCUCUCGGCUCUUCGGCGAGAUUUAGGUAACGGUGACGUUAUAGUCGCUUUAGCUGUCAGUAAGUUAAAUUUUAGUCUUCGUAAGGAGUGGUUUAAACAUAUUGGCAGUGUGGCAGAGCCUCCAACCCUCGAUCAAUUAAGAUCUUUCUUUCACAAUCAGAUACAAACUCUUGAGUCAUAUCAAGAUCGUUCCUUCGAUCGAGAACCCAAGUCUACCUUCAAAUCUAAAUACUCGUCUCAUGCAACUGUUAAUGAUGAGGUUGUUAAAAAUAAAAAACCUUGCCCAGUUUGUGAGGACAUUUACCCUCUCUGGUAUCGUGACACUUUCCGAAGUAUGACUUGGCUUGAAAAACGCGAGAUUUUACAAAUCCACCGUCGUUGCUUCAAAUGUCUGGGUUCUCACUGGAUUAAAGACUGUGUUUCUACUCAAACUUGUCAAAAGUGUCAACAAAAACAUCAUACCCUUCUGCACAAAGAGCAAGAGGAGUCUACUAAGAGUAAAAGGGAUAAAAGGAUCUCUGGUAAGAAGGCCUCUCUGGAUAUUAUGGUGGUAAAGGAGUCUGAGUCGUCAUCUGAUGAGAUCUCUUGUAAUAAUUGUUUAAAUAGCUCGUUUCUCAAAACACCAACUGGUGUCUUAUUAGCCACUGCCAUAGUCAACGUUCACAACUCACUAGGUUUGCGUGGCUUUAAGAUUAACGUGUCCCUGACUGGGGUUGGUAGUCAGACUUUUUCAAAUAGCAAAAGAAAGGUCUCACUCCUCUUGGGCUCAACUGUGGAUCCAAAAUUUAAAUUGGAAAUAGAAGCUUUGGUCCUCCCACAAGUAACUUCUUACCAGCCCCCCUACUUGUCUAACGACAAAAUUGUAAAGCACUUGCACCAGUUGCUCUUAUCUGAUCCGCAGUUCACUAAAACUCGCAAAAUAGAUCUGUUACUAGGAUCAACUGUUUAUGCUGUUAUUAUCAAGGGAGAAUGUUCUGAGGAUGACAAAGUUCUCGAAGUUUUGAAGCGAUUCUGGCAAGUUGAAGAACUCUUCACUUCUGUAUUACCUCUAUCGCCUGAAGAGAUUCAAUGCAAACAGCAUUUUGACCAACCACCCGAAGUAAUUAAAGAAACAUCCUUCAAAGCUGCCCAAGCUAUGCUCAAAUCAAUGGAGACUAAACUUAGUAAGAAUCAUAAGUUUCGCGAACUGUAUGUCCAAUUCAUGGGAGAAUAUCUGGAAUCAGGGCAUAUGGUCGAAGGAUCUUUUGAAAAGGCUGAGUGUUUUUUAUCCCAUCAUGGUGUUAUCAAGGAGUCGAGUAGUACUACGAAAUGGAGAGUGGUAUUUAAUGGUUCCUCUUGUUCUUCCUUGUGUCCCUCCUUGAAUGAAUAUGUCUUCACAGCUGACAUUGCCAAAAUGUUUCGGCAAGUGUCAGUCCAUCCAAAUGAUCAACUCUAUCAGGCUAUACUGUGGAGAGAUAAUCAGUCCAAACCUCUGCGUAUUUACUUUCUAACUACUGUAACUUACGGCCUAGCUAGCUCGCCCUAUCUGGCUUCUCGAACUCUAAACCAGUUAGCUUUUGAUUGCAAGAAUAAGUACCCUUUAGCUUCCGAAACUCUUUUGAAAUCUAAGUACAUGGAUGAUAUUUUGUCCGGAUGUCACAGCUUGGUUGAAAGCAUUCAGCGUAGGGACGAAUUUUUGAAAUUGACUGAAUCAGAAGGUUUUUCUCUUCGAAAGUGGAGUGCCAAUUUUCAAAAACUGCUAGAUGAUUUGCCACCCUCUCUGCUUGCAAGUUCAUUAUUGGAAUUUAAAGAUUCUGCUAUGUCUACUUUAGUUUUGGGUCUUAGCUGGAACCCCCUUCUGGAUCUUUUUCAAUUUAAGGUGUUGAUUGAAACUGAAGUGCCAGUAGAUAAUUGGACGAAAAGAAAGAUUCUCUCUGAGAUAUCAAAACUUUAUGAUCCAUUGGGUUGGUUAGCUCCUACUGUGAUUUCGGCUAAAGCAUUCAUGCAAUCUCUUUGGCUCUUGAAGCUGUCAUGGGAUGAACCGAUUCAAGAGCUCAUAGUUCAAGACUGGCUUGCCUGGUAUAAGGAACUUCCUGCCUUGAGUAAAGUAAAAGUUCCACGCUGGAAUGGUGUUACCGACGAUAUGGUUAAAUGGGAAUUACACUGCUUCGCCGAUGCUUCUAAAACAGCGUACGCAGCGGUAAUGUAUUCUCGAGUAGUGAAUAAUAACGGUGAGGUCAUUGUAGCCUUGCUCUUGUCCAAAACAAAGGUAGCACCACUUAAGACUUUGAGUAUUCCUCGACUUGAAUUGUGUGCUGCUCAUUUGGCUGCCAAAUUGGUGAAUCAGUAUUUGAACAACAGUACUCGUGUUCCUGAUUCAGUCCAUCUGUGGUCCGAUUCUAAAGAUGUCUUGUAUUGGUUACAGGAUGUACCAUCACGGUACUUAACUUUGAAGAAACUUUUAGCUGUCUCAGCUUAUGUGUUAAGAUUCGUGUUCAAGUGUCGUGUCAAAGCUCAAAUGAUGAAACUGAACGUCUCAAUGUACCCUUGUGAUCAAGUGAAUAAAUUGAGUAAAUUAAAAUUCCUUGACAUUUCGGCUCACUUUCAAUCGUCAACUAAAAUUUUAGACACUAAAGAAAUAAGCAAUGCAACUCUUUUUUGGGUAAGCUAUCAUCAAGGUUUACACUUUCCCAUUGAAUUGCGCCUUCUUAAUAGUAAGGAGUCUAAAUCUUUUGUUGAGGGAAUUUCCCUACCUUCUAAUAGUCGAAUAGCCAGUUUAAAACCUGUGCUGAGCAAGGGACUUCUCCGAGUUGGUGGACGCUUGGCAGCCUCACUUUUAGAUGAUCAGAUAAAAAAUCCUCUCAUUCUGGCCCAGCACGAUUAUUUCACCAAUUUGAUUAUUAGAUCUAUCCACGAGGUCACUUUACAUGGUGGCGUUCAGUUGACACUGACAAUAUUGCGAGCUAAAUAUUGGAUAAUAAAUGGUCGACAAUGUGUUCGGUCCUGUGUCAAUAGGUGUUUGAAAUGUCGUCGCUUCCAAGCCUCCAAUUUAACUCAGCAGAUGGGUAACCUGCCUGCUGAACGAGUAAGACCAGCUCCAGCUUUCAGUAAAGUCGGUGUGGACUAUGCAGGUCCAUUUGCCAUCAGAUUGUCUAAGACUCAAAGAAGGGGGACCACGAAGGGUUAUAUAGCUGUUCAUUUGUCUCAGCUCUAA